AUAUAUAUAUAUAUAUAUAUAUAUAUGUUGCAAUGACUAAAACUAAAGAAUAUGGUCAUAAUACGCUAAACGAAGUGACCCCACUAUAUGCAAUAUGACAAUCGUAUUGACAACAUACCUUUUAUUGCUUUACCAAGAAAAGACCAGAAUGAUAGCAUAUCACUGCAAGAAACCAACCUCAUGUCAACUCGAGAAUAGACACAUAUAAGUGCUCAAUUCAUGAAUAUGAACAAUCCCAUUGAUUUCAACCAACCCAAAUAUGGAAAGUAAAUUGGGAAGCUUGGGAAACACCGUGCGAUGAACUCUUUUAUAUUAUACACUUCUCCUUUCCUUUUUUAUUCACUAGAGACGUUGGUCUUUCUCUUUUUUUGUCUUCUCUCACUCUUUUUUCUUGUUUAUGACUAUGGCAACAACACAAAAGGAACAUCGACCUAUCCCUUUUGCAGUCUUGAAGAUUCAGUUAAAGAAUCUCGUAGAACAACACGAUUCAAGCGGGCGAGGCGUUUUGUUUACCAAAGACUUGUUGACUUUGAUUGAUAGAUAUGAAGUAUCUGAAGAGGUCACCUUGCUUACCGAAGUGCAAAAGAAGGCUAUCUUGCCUUAUACCCUCAGUAACCCCGACUUGGAAAUGACACCUGAUGAUAUCCUCAAUCUCUUAAAGAUUGUCUGUCCACCUCUACCUGUAGCAUCAAUUUCUGCUCCUACAAAACCACCCAUGAGAACAAGAAGUGCUUCUAUUCUAAAGAAAUCAAUGCCUUGGAAAAGAAGGCCUUCAGCUGUUGCUUCUGAUAUACAGGAUAAAGAUGAAGGCAUUAAAGAAGAGCCUAUUAAUAAAACACCGCCUAGUACGACAGAGGAAGAAGAAUCAGAAAAAACUGAAGAAGAACAAUAUACAAAUCAAAAAGAAGUAGCCAGAUAUUACCGUAGAUCCCUAAAACUCACCCAAAGAUUAAAGUACUCUGAGCAAAGCUUAGCGUCCAUGGCACGUGAUAAUGAAGAUCGUAUUGUUGAGUUACAAAAUAGGGUAGAUGACAUGAAUCUAGAGGUAAUUCGGCAGAGAAAGGAAAUUCAAGAAUACAAAAGCAAAGAAAAGAACAGUUUGGACCAGAUUGGUGCUUUGGAAACACAUAUUUCAAAUAUUCAACGGUCUGAGACAGAUCAAAAGCAGGUGUAUCUAUCUAUAAAGACGUUGUUUGAUGAAAAAUGUCAGGAGGCACAAAAACUCCAUGAAUUAUUAAGACAAAAAGAAGCAGACCUUGAAAAGACAGAGGAUUUAUUGAGUACUUUUCAACAUGAAGUACAAGGACUUAGUGAAGAAAGAAAGCGCUUGAUUGAACUUCAAAACUGUCUUGAGUUAGAGCUGGAAACAUCUGCACAAGCACAUCAACAACUGGCAGAACAGAAAUCAGAAAAUGAAAAACUGAAAGAGAUCAUUGACACACUCAAAACAGAUCUGGAUGAAGCACUUUAUCAUCAAAGCAACAAUAGCGAUUUCUCACUUUUGUCUUCCUCUUCCUCUUCUUUGCUGGUGGAGAAAGAAGAUUUACCUACACCAAUUAAGACAUUGGAAAAUGAAUUGACAGGCAAAAAUGAAGACAUACGAUUAAAAUACGUACAAGACGAAAAAGACUAUUAUAAAAACAGAGCAACAGAAACCAAAAAAGAUCUUGAUCGAGUUCAAAGUGAAUUGGAUUAUUUAAGAAAAGCAUUGGACUCGGAGAACAGGUUGCUUGUGAAUGAACUGGCUGAACUACGACGCAAAACAACAGCGGCAACAACAAUAACAAAUAACAUUAUUCCACCUUCUUCUUCAUCUACUCAUACAACCAUUGUUAAUAUGGAAGAGAGCCCAUCAACAUCAAUACCCAUUUUGAACUCUAUUGAACUCAACAUACCUGAACCUCCUAUUCAUGAUUUAUGGUCUCCUUUGCGUUUGCGUCAAUACAAAUCUGUUGGCAAGAAAAAGAGAACAGUACAAGACUUGCAUGAGGUAAGUAGGAAGGAACAAAAAACUGCCUAAAUCAAACACUACCAGACAUUAAGCACAAGCAAUAUUGUGAUUGCAAGUUCUGAUCAAAAAGACCGUACAACAAAGAUCAUUACAAAAAGAGACGACAAGGUCAUUACAAACACUGCUACUUUUGCCUUGUAUACACUUUUUGUCUAUUUCUUUGGUAUUGUGACAUCUACUUUUCUGUUAGAUGGUGGAAACCCUCAGUCAGGCUGGGAGCAAGCUUUAGCUGUAGCUACUUCUGGACAAGUACCGAAAAGUAAGGUUUUGGAGAUUGUCCUCUAUUGGAUUGAAAAGCUAUUGUUUGAACCUCAAGGAUUACCUGUUUCUUAAUAUCUUACAAUAAACAUACUACUUUCUUGC